AUGCCGCCAGACGUUAUCCGGGAUGCUGAGAUUGUGACAGACUUGAUCUCAGCGGCUGAGCGCCCUCUUCCUCACUCGGGUACAGCCUCGAGUCGAUCGAGCCGAACGCGAGAGAUAUACCCGAGCCUACUUGAGUUCCGACAUCUCGCAGUCUACAUCGAAAGCUGCGAACCAGAAAACGUGGCGUCGUUUUUCCGGACCACUAGAGACUUCGUUGCUAAUCGAAACGUCUCGAUUCGGAAUAUUGAUGUUAAUUCACGCUAUGUGCACAGAGUAUCGGAUGCACUGCAGUGGUCCAGCUACUGGCGCUACCUCGCCCACCUGACCACCGGCUCAACGACCGUCAUAGACAUGGUCGCAUUCGCCAAGAUGUUCUUUCGUGUCGUAACCGAUCAUUCAGGCAUCAAGCACAAUGACCCGCGUUAUCGUUCUCCCUGCUGGCUAGUUGAACUAGUCGACGCCAAUAUGCCACCACCUGCCAAGCGUUACAACGCGAACGACCUAUCGGACCUUCUGUGGCCAUCUGUCCGCGCAGGCAACAAGACUGAAUUCUGCAGACUGGCUAGAAUCGUCUUGGAGAAACUUGUGGAGGUCACCCAAAGACAGACUGAAGAAGCGGUACAGGAAAACAUCAACUUCGCCAAGUUCAUUCCAGAUUCGGUCGAGAGAAUCGUAGAGUUGCGGGUCAAGCAGAAGGAAGCUGAGGAAAGCAUCAGUUCCUUUUUCAGGGAUGUCAUCGGCGAUAGAGGACUGCCACAGGUGGUUGAGGAGGAGCCCUUGGAUGGAGGUGACGAGGUCGGUAAAUAG